GCUUUAUUUGGUGAACUUCUUACUGUCUUUGCUCCAGCACUAACUGAUCUGCCUCUUGUCAACAGACAUUUGGAUUCUGGUGACAUUUACCUGGCACCAUAUUGGGGACAUAACUUCCACUGCCCUUUCUGAGUGGCCGUAUCAACCAGCGUGCUCAGACUAUAUUUGCACCCAGAGGUUGCUGUUAAGUCUGGAUGACACAUAGAACAGUUUGACAGUUUGUGGUACCUCUAGACUUCUUUAUGGAAGAUUGCUGUUUCAGAGAUCUAAGAAACCCUUGGUCUGAGAGGCAGAGGGAACCUCAAAUGCUGCCCAGCAAUAGCCAUGUAACAACUAGACAGCCCCGGACAUUUUUCUGAAAUGAUGAAUGGAAUUACUCAGAAUUCAAGUCAAGAAGGAGGCAGUGAGCAGAAUUCAGACCAAUUGCCGCCAUGAUGUGCGCGUGGGUCCAGCUGUAAAAGCCACUAGGACACUCACCACGAGAACUCUCCCGCAAGAGGAUGAGUCAGAGUGGAACGGACUGAAGAGAGGGUAGGCCUGUCCGCCCACCUCGAGGCAAUGGCCACGCAAGGCUUUUCGGCCCACAGGAGCGCCCUCUCCCCGAAGGAACGAUGGGACACACCUCCUCCAUCCCCAAGGACUCACCCCUCAGGAAGUCAUGUCUCCAUCCUAACGGUCCUCUUUGUUAUUCACAUCGUCACAGCUCCAGCUUACAAACAUCCACUAUCUGACACCAUGAAUGUCACUACUAAAGGAACUAACUCAUCUGACUGCUGGAUCUGCCCCACGACCACACCUCCCCAGAGGACCUACGUACAUCUUUUUUAGGACUUCCCACCUCUUGAGGGACCUGAUGGGGCUGACAGCAAAAUAUGCUGGGUUCUCAUUUACCACCCAGUGUGGUAAGGAAGGAAGGACUGGGGCAGGAACCAACUGGAAGCCAAACUCUCUGGAACAGAUACCCUCCUCCAAAUCGGAGGGAAGGAUAUUUCAGCUUUUAGGCAAAGCUAGCCUCUGUUUUACUGGUAUUAGCAUCCAGGGACAAGAAUUACGAUGGCUGAAUGAAACAUACUACAAUCAAACUCUAGUUUUCAGUAAUCACAGUUGGGUAACAGACACCAACCAGACUGCCAAUAUCCAAUAUGUAGGGAAUGUCACUGUCUGGUGGGAGAACCUAGUGACUGGAAUAAAGAAAACUAAAACUCACAAUAAAAGCAUAGUAUCAGUAACAGUUAACAAUACACAAGAGAAAGCCAGCAUAGGGAUUAGACAAUAUUCCAGACUAAUGUUUAAUAUAACUAAUAACUACAUUCAGAUAUACUCCAAUUUCUCCCUGUUACAGCUGCUGUAUCGAAACCUGAGGUGCCAAGGGAAAAAAACCCAUGGCUUCAGAAAACUCCAACUUCAAAUGACGAUGCAACAAGGAUUUCAACCCAUCCCACCUGAAGAUGAGGACUAUGAACAUCCACUGGACAAGGUUGCUGCCUCCUUCUACUCCCCACUCUAUCUCCACCACUGUAAAAACCCCAAGACCCCUAUCUCUGACCGACAGCAAGGAGAUCUGCACCCACAGGCAGCAGGGACAAUGCCCAUGCUCAGGUCGAUGCAGUUACAGAAGUUGGACCAACCCUUUACCCCUUAAAAGAUUUUAAGGGUCCAGACUCCUUGAAGGGGUAAUGUUAGAGAAGGCAGAUAGCUAGAUAUAAACAGAGAAAGGGGACAUGGGCCAAAUGACAGGAAGCCAUACAUCUUGUAAACAGCACAGCUACUCAACUGAUACCGUCUGCUCUUCCUUUGAGAGCAUCCUAUCGCUUAAAUAAAUCCUAGCUUUGCUUUCUUGACUUUCCUGUCUCCUCUCUGAAUACUUUCUGCGAUGAGACAAGAACCUACUCUCCGGUAACACUCAUGUAUAGGCAUUAGGCAAAAAGGCAAAGCCACCUCAUUGUCUUGCACUUAAUGAGAUCAUGAAACAUGGAAGAAUGGCAUCAGCCACAAGAACAUAAAUUAGAUUUUGAUUAAGCUUUGUGACAUCUGAAUAGGGAACCCUGAUCACAAAGCCCGCGGAGCAAGACCGAGCAUGUGCAGUAAAAAUGUCCAGGCUUCAAAUGACCACUAUACAACGUUCCAGGGUGGUGCUCAACUGGUAAGGGAAAACUUAAGGGGAAAUAGCUCUCAGGAUGCACGUGUGGUGGCUUCAGGAGCCCAGUGCACAAGAAUGGAUGGAUGAGAUAAUCGCCCCGCCUCAACUUUCUCAUCAAUGAAUAUUCUGCACCUAAUAGAAAAAGCUCAUGCCUAUUCAAAGGUUAAGAUGGAAUAAAAAGGGAAAUCAGAAAACCCGCAGGGCGCUCCUCACUUGCGAGGACACCCACAUUCUUCCCGGAGUGCAUACUUUCGCUUCUUAAUAAACUGCUUCUUUGUUUCUCUUUA